AUGGAAAAUAUUGAUGAUGGGAAGUUCAUUCGGAUGGAGGUUAAGGAUGGGAAGUCAGCGUUCUUUUGGUUUGAUAAUUGGUUUCAGCUUGGAAAACUUAUCGACAUCACUGGCGCUGUCGGUACUCAGUAUCUAGGCAUACCUCGUAAUGCUAGAGUUUGUGAGGCAGUUUCUCACGAGCAGUGGAAUGUUAGAGGUCAUAGAAGGCGACACUAUCAUGCACUGCAUGAACGCAUUCAGAGAGAACCGAUACCAGAUGCUCAGCAAGGUAGUGACGUGGUAUUAUGGAAGCAUUCCGAUGAUGACUUCAAGCCCUGGUUCUCUUCUCUCAAAACUUGGGAGCAGAUUCGAGAAAAGGAGGCUAUGGUACCUUGGAGUCACGCUGUCUGGUUCACUCAAGGAGUACCGCGGUACACAUUUAUUGUCUGGUUGGCAGUCAGAAAUAGAUUAUCCACAGGUGAUAGAAUGAGAGCUUGGGGCAUACAGCAGAGCUGUGUUCUGUGUGGUGAGAGAGAUGAAACGCGUGAUCAUGUCUUCUUCGCAUGCCCCUACUCCUACACAGCUUGGGACAAGCUGGCAGGCAGAUUCAGUGGGAACAGAACAGACCCGGACAGGACGAGCUCUCUGCAAAUAGUGAACGCAAACAACCUGCAACUACUCGAUCGGAUCUUGUUGAAAAUGGUUUUUCAAACCUCCAUAUACCACAUAUGGCAGGAGAGAAACCAAAGAAGACAUCGCACGGUUUUCCGCUCGGUCGAUCAACUGAUCCGCACUGUCGACAAGGCAAUCCGCAACAUAAUCACUUCGCUGCGCUACAAAUCUGGUCAUGAGCUUGCUGGGCUGAUGCAAAGAUGGUUCAUGGCUACAGCAAAUACAUAG